AGAGAGAUCUAUUUUUACGGCGGAGAUGGGAGGGAGGAGAAGCGGCGGAGAGAGCAGCAGCGAUGAAGAAGAAGAAGACCCAAAGUGGAAAGCUGCAAUCGAAUCAAUCGCCGCCACCACUGUUUUCGGCGCCAAAGGAAACUCGAAAUCGCUAAGCACUCGAGCAUCUGAAGAAGACGGGGAUUAUCGCUUCAAACCGAAGAAGCUAACCCACGCAGAGAUCAAGGCGCUAAAGGUUUUGGACGAGAUGGUGGAGAAGACAUUAGAGUUUGUGAAAGAUCCUCUCCGUAUUUCUGAUAUCGAACCUGAGAAUGACAAUGGGGUACGGUUAUUUAAGCGUGCUCCUGUCGGCAUAAUCUUUGAUCAUUUAGAUGAAAUCGAAGGGCCGAAAAAGAAACCCAAGUUACUCCCCAACAGGGUAGUUGAUGAGAAUUCGAAAGAGUUCAAGAAACGGCUAAAAUCGAUAGCUGUUGAUGGGUCAGACAUAUUAGCUGCCGCAAGAGAAGCUGCUCGGAAAUCCUCGGCUAGACUAGAAGCUAAAGCGGCAGCUGCAAAAGCGAAAGCCAAAACAGAGGAGGAGAGAGUUGCCGGACUGAAGAGGGUAAGAGGAGAAAAAUGGUUACCUUCUGUUGCUCGGGAAAUGCAGUUAAAUAAAAGCCUGAAACGACAAUCUGCAAAACCACAGCUUGCAGAUCAGUAAUGGAUGAGAGAGUGAAGAUCUAGGGUUUCGGAUCUGUUGGUUAUGAAUCGAGGGUUUACAUUAUAAUUGCUUACAGGAGGUUACAAGAACGCAACAACGAUCAUCAAAGGAUCGAAGAGAUGGAGUCUGUGUCUUAGCUUCAAAGAAUGAGGAUAGAAAACUUGCUGAUGUCCAAAACUUAUGCUACACUCAACAAGCCUCGAGUGUUUAGGGUUUAGGGUUUAGGAUAUAUGUCAGAUUCUUCAUCAAUGCCAACGAGGACAGAUUGAAUCAGAGAGACAAAGUCAAUAGAAUUGAAGCCAUAAUCCCAAAACAAUUUUUAAGGGUAAUCGAUAGCAAAAGGGCUUGUUUGGAUUAUCA